UCUUGUUCUUUUAGAGUUCUCUUGAAGUAUAAUUAGGAACAGAGGGUAUCAGAGGGCGAGAGCACAAUUGGCUGUUACAGAUAUGGAGAUAAUCUGUCCGCUGCUGGAAAUGUCUCCGGAUUUUUGACAACGGCUAAAGCACCAUGGGGUCCAGCGGCCUCGGGAAAGCAGCGACGCUGGAUGAACUGCUGAGGACAUGCAUUGAGAUUUUUGAUGACAAUGGAGAAUUGAAUGACAGUUAUUUGCCAAGAAUAGUGCUGCUGAUGCACCGAUGGUAUUUACCUUCCACCGAACUGGCAGAAAAACUCCUCUGCAUGUAUCGGAACGCCAGGGGACAGAGCUGUGAUGAGUUCCGACUGAAGAUCUGUUAUUUCAUGAGGUACUGGAUUCUGAAAUUUCCUGCAGAGUUUAAUUUGGAUCUUGGUUUGAUCCGUAUGACUGAGGAGUUCCGGGACGUCGCUAGUCAACUAGGCUAUGAGAAGCACGUCAGCCUCAUGGACAUAUCCAGCGUUCCUUCCUAUGACUGGAUGAGGAGAGUCACACAGAGGAAAAAAGUAUCGAAAAAGGGGAAGGCCUGUCUCUUAUUUGACCAUCUGGAGCCCAUUGAAUUGGCUGAGCACCUCACUUUUCUGGAGCAUAAAUCUUUUAGAAGGAUUUCAUUCACAGAUUAUCAGAGCUAUGUCAUUCACGGCUGCCUGGAGAAUAACCCAACACUGGAGAGAUCUAUUGCUUUAUUUAAUGGGAUCUCUAAGUGGGUCCAGUUGAUGGUUCUUAGCAAACCAAGUCCUCAGCAAAGAGCAGAAGUCAUCACAAAGUUCAUCAAUGUAGCACAGAAACUCCUUCAACUAAAGAAUUUUAACACCUUAAUGGCAGUGGUUGGCGGCCUUAGUCACAGUUCUAUUUCCCGACUCAAAGAGACCCAUUCUCACCUCUCUUCAGAAGUUACAAAGAACUGGAAUGAAAUGACCGAGUUGGUCUCCUCCAAUGGCAAUUAUUGCAAUUACCGCAAGGCCUUUGCUGACUGUGAUGGCUUCAAAAUCCCCAUCCUUGGCGUGCACUUGAAAGACUUGAUAGCGGUCCAUGUCAUUUUCCCAGACUGGAUGGAAGAGAACAAAGUGAACAUUGUGAAAAUGCACCAGCUUUCCGUUACCCUAAGUGAACUGGUCUCCCUGCAGAACGCCUCUCACCACUUGGAACCAAACAUGGAUUUGAUCAACCUACUCACACUCUCUCUGGACCUCUACCACACAGAAGACGAUAUAUAUAAGCUGUCACUAGUGCUGGAACCUAGAAAUUCCAAAUCGCAGCCUACCUCCCCCACGACGCCUAAUAAGCCUGUGGUGCCCCUGGAGUGGGCUUCAGGGGUAAUACCAAAGCCAGACCCUACAAUCAUCAACAAACACAUAAGGAAGUUGGUUGAGUCUGUGUUUCGAAACUACGAUCAUGACCAUGAUGGAUACAUCUCCCAAGAGGACUUUGAGAGCAUAGCUGCCAAUUUUCCCUUCCUGGAUUCCUUCUGUGUGCUAGACAAAGAUCAGGAUGGCCUAAUUAGCAAAGAUGAAAUGAUGGCUUAUUUCCUAAGAGCUAAAUCCCAGCUACACUGCAAAAUGGGACCAGGAUUUAUCCAUAAUUUUCAGGAGAUGAACUAUCUCAAACCGACCUUCUGCGAACACUGUGCGGGAUUUCUCUGGGGCAUAAUCAAACAAGGCUACAAAUGCAAAGACUGUGGAGCCAACUGUCACAAACAAUGCAAAGACCUCUUGGUUCUGGCCUGCAGGAGACUUGCUCGGGCACCCUCCUUGGGCAGCAAUCCUGGGUCACUGCCUGGAAGCCCAGCCUUGCCCCCAGUGCAGGAUGAGGUGUUUGAGUUUCCUGGGGUCACUGCUGGACACCGGGACCUGGACAGCAGAGCCAUCACACUGGUGACAGGCUCUUCCCGUAAGAUCUCCGUGAAGCUCCAGCGAGCCACCACGAGUCAAGCCACCCAGACAGAACCUGUGUGGUCAGAGGGUGGCUGGGGAGACUCGGGGUCCCAUACCUUCCCCAAAAUGAAGUCCAAGUUCCAUAACAAAGCAGCAAAGGACAAAGGCUUUGCCAAGUGGGAAAAUGAGAAGCCCACAGUACAAGCUGGUGUGGCUGUGGUCGACCGAGGCACUGCGUUUGAACCUGACCAGGAUGAUGAGGAAGAUGAAGCCAAACAGGAUGGUGAGGAUGGCUGAGAUCAAGCUGGGGAAACCAAAGGCAACCGUAUCUGCUUUGGGGAGGAGAACGAGAAGCACUGAGGGGCACUUGCCAGCUCUGGAAGCAGUCUGGAAAAGAAAUCUGGAGAUGCUCACGGCCUCACGUCAUCCCAGGACCUCCAUGACUGGACUGCAGAACAGAGGAUUUACCCUGACUCUGAACUAUUUAUUUCCUGCACUCUGCCUCUACUGAGGUGCCACGAAAACU